CACCACUUGAUCCUUGACUCCUAUAUUUAGCUCGUCCCUGGGUGCUAUUUCGAUUGCAUGGCAGUCGUUUAUAAGCCCUCGAGCUGCCGCUCCCCCUUUUCUCCUACUUUCUCCCCCCGCCCCCCGUCAAACUUGUAGUUAGCGCGAAAACUUUUCCUUUUUCUUUUAAUACCACAAGCACUUUCCCUUUCCUCCCCGAAUAAACAAAGCGAAGCCUGAACCCUAGACGUGUCAUGCAAACAGACCCAACGGCGGGUCAUCCCUGAGCUGGGCUUUGAUCAAUACAUAUAAAACCGCGUAUUUCUGGACCCGAGCGGAGGGGAGAGCGCGCGGACUCGGUUUAGACGGCUGGAGCCAUGGGGCAAGCGGAGGAGCUAAUCCGGAUGGCCAAAAAGUUGGAAAAGAUGGUGUCCAGGAAGAACACGGAAGGAGCUCUUGACCUGCUGAAGAAAUUGAAUAGCUGCACAAUGACCAUUGAGCUGUUGCAGACCACAAAAAUUGGCGUGGCUGUCAACACAGUGCGUAAGCAUUGCUCAGAUAAGGAAGUGGUGGAUCUGGCGAAACUCCUUAUCAAAAACUGGAAGAGGCUGUUGGAGUCCUCAGGGACCCAGAAAGGGAAAAAAGACAGAGACAAAGACAUUGCUGUCCCUGGCUGGAAAGCUGAAGGGACAUUUUCCAACUCUGUGAAUGUCUGCAAAAGUCCUGAUGAAAAGCAGAAAGACAGGAAAUUGAAUAAAUCCACCCCACAGGAGGUAAUGCUGAAGUGUAGCUCUUCCUUGGUCUCCAAGCCAGACAGAGAUCCCAAAGACGCUUCGACUUCCCAAAAGUCACACUUGGAGCUCAAAAAAGAGAGGAGGGACUCCAAAGAUUCAAGAUCUUCCAGUUCCACCACUGCUUCCUCCCCCAGGAGACUGUCGGUGGACAAGAGAGCUUCUACCAGCUCCAACCCAGCAGCAGCAUUUCCUGGCUCUCAUAAAAACAAAGAGGAUAGCAAAGAUGAAAGAUCAAAUGACAGAUCUCGAGGUGAGGUGUCCAGGAUGCCAGCCAGCCCAGUCACACCAACAUUUGGGACUUCUGUCUGCUUCUUGGCCUCCUGCCAUUUGACGGGAGACUCCAUUAGGGACAAGUGUAUUGAGAUGGUCUCUGCAGCCCUGAAAAUGGAUGACGAUUACCAAGAAUUUGGGGUCAACUGUGAUAAGAUGGCAGCUGAGAUUGAAGAUCAUAUCUUCCAAGAGCUGAAGAGCACAGAUAUGAAAUACCGAAACCGAGUGAGGAGCCGGAUUAGCAACCUGAAAGACCCUAAGAAUCCUGGCUUGCGCCGCAAUGUGCUGUGUGGAGCCAUCGCACCUGCCCUAAUUGCAAAGAUGACAGCAGAAGAAAUGGCUAGCGAUGAGCUGAAGGAGCUAAGGAACGCCAUGACCCAGGAAGCUAUCCGAGAGCAUCAGAUGGCAAAGACGGGAGGCACGACCACUGACCUCUUCCAGUGUGGAAAAUGCAAGAAAAAGGACUGCACUUAUAACCAGGUGCAAACCCGGAGCGCUGAUGAGCCCAUGACCACUUUCGUGCUCUGUAAUGACUGCGGGAAUCGCUGGAAGUUCUGCUGAUGGCUCUUUGCGGCCAUAUGCCAGCUACAUGAAGAAGAUGCUGUCCUGUGGUAGCCAAAGAGAUAAGAGAAUCUUUGAACUGUUCACUGAUGAAAUAGAAGCAGGAACAGAAGACAGCCUGCAAGGUUGAAGUGCUGGAGUUUCAGCCCCACUCAGAUCUCUUUAAAAAAAUGCAGUAGGUUUGAAUGAAUGACUUAAAGGGAAUCCUAUCUUUGUACUAAUUCAGGUGAUAUAUUGGUGCCCUUAUUGGGAGGGCCGUGUGUGUUCUGCAGACAUUGUGCAAAGGCAGACUUUGUUACUGAGCGUAAAAGACCACAGAUUGUGGGUUGCUCUCUGCUUUUCUUUGGGGAAAUGUAAAUUUUCCAUUCUUAAGGCUGCAAAGAUUGGUUUGGCAGUUCAUGUGUGGGCAAUGUCUUGUGAAGUCUCCAAAGCCAGAGGAAGAUUCUGAUGUCAUGAGAACGUGGGUCCUGAGGGCCUUGCUUGGUGAUCAGCAGCUUAUUCGAAUCAUAGAAUAUAGUUUAUUGAGGGAAAUUGUAAGUAACAUUUAAAAGCAAUGAUAACAGCAAGGAAGGAAAGAAGCAUGGGAUAUAUACAGUUCCGACUCUGUAAUCAGGAGUGAAAUACCCAGACUUCUCCCAUGCUGCCAGAAGAUGGCAUCUGUUAGAAGAUUUGUAGAGACACAACCUUCAGUUGGAUGGAUUAGAUCCACUUGGAAUUUCCAUCCACUGUUUAAUCCAACAGUGACCUCAUCACCCCUAUUUUGUUUAUUUUGCUAAGUUUUGGGUGGGUUUUUUUGGCAAGAGAGAGGUCACCAGACAUCAAGAAAGAGACCUUCUGAACCUUAAUGGAAAGACUAUCGGCCCAGAUACUUUCUCUUCCCAUUUUUUGACUACAUGCGAUCAGCUACCAACAUGUUUGUUUCCUGUCCUGUGACUUUCAUAUAGACUAAACCAAAGCAUUGAUCUUUUUUGGUUGGCACUGUCACUCCAAAUUCUUCCAAAGCUGUGCUCCUGGAAUCCUUUAUAGGAGAUUAUGUGUACGGGUGGAACCUGCAUGUAAAGUAUGCUUCCUAGCACCGAGGGAUGGCACCACUUGCCCCCUUCCUGCUUCUUGUCACUGUAAAGACAAAAGCAAGUAAUAAUAACGAGUCAAGUAGAACCAGGAGAGAUUCAGGGUUAUCCAAGCACACCGGGAGGCUAGUUUUGAAUCUGCUACUGUUCUUGUGAUACCUAUUUUACAAAAAGGUGUCAGUUACUGGAAAUAAGGCAGUUAUGAAUCCUCCUUCAGUGUAUCCUUCAGUGGAUUCGGUGGUGGAUCUGAGGCUAGUCUCACCUGCUGAUCAGCCUUCCCCAACCUGAGCAUCCGGUUGCUAUGUGAGCUUAUUUGCAAAAUCCCCCAGCCAGCAUGGCUAUUGCUAAGCAUUCUGGGUCCAUGUUUCUGGAGGGUGGUUAAGUUGGGGAAAGAUGGAUGUCUUUUUGUAGAGAGGGAGCUUGACAGAAGCAGCCCUAGUUGUUGUGUUGGGGGUGUAAUAUAAUUCAAAAUGGCAGAUGAUUUCCCAGUUAUUGUUCUGCUACUAAAUCAUCAAGGAUUUUGAGCAAAUAAGUGAAUCCUGCUGGGAUGUUUGGGAUGUCAGAGUUGGCUCAGGUUCUGCUUCUGCCUCGGAGGAGCAGAACUAGUAAAGAAAUGUGUACAGCUAUUGCAUGAUGAGGAAUUGCCUCUUUUGUUACUUUACUGUUUUUUUCUUUUCUUUUCAAAUGACUUUGUGCCAUAUAGAGCAAAUUCUAGGGCUGUCCAAACCAAGUGCUCAGUGGAAAGAAGUAAACUGUGAAUGCUGACCUGUCACUUGUGAG